CUUAAAACCCUCAUCAUUCACAUUCUCAGAGCUCGCGCUGCUGGGGUAGAGAGAAGAGUGAUGUUGUUUUUGUGUACAGCCCCGGAGGCCAGUUGCUACGGGUAACGGCUUUGGUGACACAGCUAAUUGUUCUCUCGUCGUCUCAUCUCGGAUGUCCGGUGCGUCUUUACACCACUGUUUACGUUGAUCGAUAAGAGUGAUAUCGAUCUGAUACGGAUCUGGGAGUCUUUGUACCGAACAUUAGUCCACUAAUCGGUCGACAAACCGUUGGAAGUUUUUGAAAAGUCGGCCCCGCUGGCUCAUCUGAGUAUCCGGAAAUGAUCCUGGUUCAGAACGUUCACAUCAGGAAGUUAGUUCUACUCCACGCGAUCUAUGUUAGCGUUUUUUAUUCCUGGAUCUUGUUCUGGAGAUAGCUCUGCAGAGUGGUCACUAGCUGACACCAAAUCAUACAAUCUGAUUUUAAACCUAACCCUAACCUUAACUACACUGCUAACCCUAAUGCCAUUUUUUUUAUGUUGACAAUAUAGACAUUUUGACAUUUGCAGCUGGUCAUUCAAAGGGAAAAUCACUCAGUACGGCCUCCAGGACAAGACUCAUGACAAUAAAUGUCAACCUGCUAUUUAUUUGUCAGCUGAUGUGAGUGUGUGUGUGUGUGUCAUAUUGUGUGUAACCUAGUGUUUUUUCUAUAGAGUGUGUGUUAUGGUGUGAGUCUGUUAUAGAGUGUGUGUUUUAAAGUGUGUAUUAUAGACUUUGUGUGUUGUAUUAUCAGUGUGUGUAGCCUAGUGUGUGGGUGCGUGUGUGUGUGUGUGAGUGUCUGUGUUGUAAGAUAUGCGUGUUGCAGAGUGUGUGUUAUAGUAUGUGUGUGUGUUAUAGAGUGUGUGUUGCAGAGUGUGUGUAGCCUAGUGUGUGUUAUUAUAGAGUGUGUGUUGCAGAGUGUGUGUUAUUAUAGAAUGUGUGUUGCAGAGUGUGUGUAGCCUAGUGUGUGUUAUUAUAGAGUGAGUGUUGCAGAGUGUGUGUAGCCUAGUGUGUGUUAUUAUAGAGUGUGUGUUGCAGAGUGUGUGUAGCCUAGUGUGUGUUAUUAUAGAGUGUGUGUUGCAGAGUGUGUGUAGCCUAGUGUGUGUUAUUAUAGAGUGUGUGUUGCAGAGUGUGUGUAGCCUAGUGUGUGUUAUUAUAGAGUGUGUGUUGCAGAGUGUGUGUAGCCUAGUGUGUGUUAUGGAGAAGUAUGAGAACUUGGGUAUGGUUGGCGAGGGAAGCUACGGCAUGGUCAUGAAGUGUCGUCACAAGGAGAACGGGAGGAUCGUGGCCGUUAAGAAGUUUCUGGAGUCAGAGGACGACAAGACAGUCAAGAAGAUCGCUUUGAGAGAGAUCAAGAUGUUGAAGCAACUGCGCCAUGAGAACCUAGUCAACCUGCUGGAGGUGUGGAAAAAGAGACGUCGCUGGUACCUGGUGUUUGAGUUCGUAGAACGUACGGUGCUAGAUGACCUAGAACAGAGUCCAACGGGACUAGACUACAGCCGCCUAAGAAGAUACGUCUACCAGAUACUACGGGCUAUCUCCUUCUGCCAUCAACACAAUAUCAUCCAUAGGGACAUCAAGCCAGAGAACAUCCUGGUAUCUCAGGGAGGGGUGGUCAAGCUGUGUGACUUUGGGUUCGCCAGGACAAUGGCUGCACCAGGAGAGAAUUACACAGACUACGUAGCAACACGCUGGUAUAGGGCCCCAGAACUACUGGUGGGGGACACCAAGUACGGGAAGGCGGUAGAUGUGUGGGCUGCAGGCUGUCUCUUCGUAGAGAUGUUGACAGGAGAACCUCUGUUUCCUGGAGACUCUGACAUCGACCAGUUACACCACAUCAUCAGGUGCUUUGGCAACCUGACCCCUCCCCACCAGGAGUUGUUCUAUAAGAACCCAGUGUUUUCAGGAGUCAGUCUACCGGAAGUGACAGAGACAGAGCCUCUACAACAACGAUAUCCCAAACUGUCCACUACCGCUACAGACCUUACACAGAGGUGUCUCCAGAUGGAUCCAGACAGGAGGUCACAGUGUUCUGAUCUGCUGCAGCACCAACUCUUCACUAACGAUGGCUUCCACCUCAGGUUUGUUCAGGAGUUGAAUGCUAAGAUCCAGAAGGAUCAGAAAGAGAACUCUCCCCUUCCCAAGAUGAACAAGACUAUCAAGAAAGACAAGGAGGAAGUAGAGGAGAGGACUGGGAAGUACAAGAAAUCCACGCGAGACUAA